AUGAGCGACCUCCUCUACAUGGAUUACAUCAAAAUGUACGCCAGGAGUGAGCAAAACAUCGACUCACUGAUCCACACCACUAGGAUAUCCAGCAAUGACAUUGUCUUGUCAUUCAGGCUUGAGAAGUCGGAUGGUAAUAAUGACAAGCUGGAGAAAACUGAGCUUCUCUUUUUUCCUUCUAAGAGCUCCCCAACGAUCGACGCUCCAAUCACCGUUGAGGGCUCCGGGAUGACCCCCUCCGGAUCAGCCAAAAACCUUGGCAUGACCCUGGAUGACCAGCUGAACUUCUCAAGGCACAUCGCGGCAGUCACCCAAUCCUGUAGAUUCUCCCUCUUCAACAUGAGGAGGAUCUGCCCCUUCCUCAUGCAACAAGCAACCCUGCUCUUGGUCCAAGCCCUUGUCAUCUCCUGCCUCAACUACUGCAACACCUUACUGGCUGGCUUACAGGCCUGCGCUAUCAGGCCACUUCAGCUAGUUCAGAAUGCUGCUGCACGCCUGCUAUUCAACCUCCCAAAACACUCUCAUGUCACUCCGCUUCUGACUGCUAUCCACUGGCUUCUGGUAGCAGCCCAUAUCCAGUUCAAGACACUGGUGCUGGCUUACCAGGCCACAAAAGGCUACACCCCAUCCCACCUUCAGUCUCUUAUAACUCCUUACACCCCAGCCAGAGCUCUCCAAUCAACCACCUCUGAUCAGCUGGCAGUCCCCUCACUUUGGGAACCUGGCAGCCGUUCCUCGCAACCACGCCUCUUCUCUGCCAUUGUUCCACGGUGGUGGAACGACCUCCCUCAAUCAGUGAGAACUGUGGAAUCUCUUGCCAUCUUCCGCAGGAAACUGAAAACCCACCUUUUCAGAACU